AUGGAAGACAAAACAGAUAUGAUAUCUGAAAGAAAAGAUAUACCGAUACUUAAAAAUGUAUUGAAAAGGUUGAAUAGCAACGACUUGACCCAUAACGUCAAGGGAUCGUUCAAGAAAUUGGCUAAAAGUUUGUCCACUCCUUCACAUGUGUCCAUCAAAGAGGAGAAGAAGCUUUCGUUUACAAUAAAAUUCUUUUACAGUUUGGGUCACAUCUAUAACGACCUAACUGUCAGUAUUUGGUUUUCAUAUACACUCCUUAUAUUUAAGUUUCAAUUCAGCGACUCUAUGGCCGGGGCUUUACUAUUGAUUGGCCAAAUGGCUGAUGCCAUAGCUUCUCCAUACGUUGGCUUUCAAUCGGACCGAAUGCCUGAUAUAAAACUGUUUAGAGUUUUAGGUCGAAGAAAAUUUUGGCAUCUUUUGGGUGUCAUAUUGAACACAUUAACUGUUCCUUUAAUAUAUAACGAAAAACCAUGUUUCCCAGGAAAUUGCAUCAAUGCCUCUGAUUGGACCCGAUUUGCAUUUUAUGCCGUCCUUAUUAUCAUAUUUCAGGGGGGAUGGGCUGCAACUCAAGUGAGUCACGUUAGCCUAAUUGUCGAUUUGACUGAUAAUGCUAAUGAACGCAUUGAAUUAAAUGCCUAUCGCCAAGCUGCUACUAUAUUUGCCAAUAUAUGUUUAUAUACCGUUACUUUAUUUGUUAUUGGAUUUGAUUCAAAUGAAACACUAAGACAAGAGGAUUUAAAUGUUUUUACGAAAGUGUCAUAUAUUGUAUGUGCCAUUGGUAUUGUGUUUUCCAUAUUAUUCCAAGUGUUUGUCAAAGAGCCCGUUACCGAACCCAAUGAGCGUAAACCCCGGGGUAUUAGUACGGCCUCUGCUUUUUCUAUUGAAACUCAACGGGCACUUCAUAGGGGAUCAGUUAUCGGAUUGAUGUCAUUUACAUCACACAAUCAAAACUCUAGUGAUGACAAUGACUCAAUUGCUGACAUACCGGUCGCUAUUGUUAUCGAUGUUGAGAAACAAUUGACUAAAAAGUCGUCGGAGAAAAAGUUCUGGCAGUGGCUUAUUAGCUAUAAUUUCUGGAAAGUUACUAUAAUGUAUACAAUGGCACGUAUGUUUUUUAACCUGGGUCAAGUAUAUACACCACUAUACCUUCAGGAUACUCUACAAAUGCCUAAAAAUACGGUUGCAAUCAUACCGUUUGCCACAUAUAUAGCGGGACUAAUAUGUUCUUUCAGUGCCAAACCAUUUUCAACUAAAUUUGGUACCAGAUGGGUUCUUAUAAUUGGUGCACUAUUUGGUAUCACUGCUUGUAUUUGGAUAUUUAUUGGUAGCAACAGUGAUGCCUAUAAAUUAUGGCAAAUAUAUUGUGUGUCGGCAUUUCUGGGCAUCGGUGGUACAGCACUUAUAAUAUCGACACUUGCUUUAACUAGUGAUCUGAUUGGCACUAAUAAAACUACCGGUGCAUUUGUAUUUGCAUCCAUGAGCUUUUUCGACAAAGCGAUCAACGGUGUAGUCAUUGAAUUAUUAUCGCAUUUUACUCCCGUCUCCGAAAUCGGACAAUCGCUUGAUUAUUACAAAUUGGUUUUAGCUCUCAUUACGGGUUUAUCAUCAGUGGUCGCAUUGUUAGGACUUUUAUCUAUCUAUAAGACAACAUUAGGUCGAAAAAUACAUAAAUCUGACAAAACUAACACAAAUAUUACACUUCAUUAAAAGUAUA